AAAACCUGCUUCAAUCAUGACAGAAAUCACCAUUCAAGAUUUACAGAAACUUCUUGUAUACUUCUCAAAAAACACAUAUAGAGCCAAGGAUGCAGAUAGCACGAGUCAAGCAAUCAUGCAAAAAUGUCUGCUGCUCACUGAUUUAGAUUAUACUCACUCUAUAAUAAAUAAUAAUGGAGGUGAUCUCAGUGCACACUAUCCUAGCCAUCUAAUCAUUUUAGAGUAUGAGAAGUAUAGGAAUUCAAAUCUGUGUGAUACGCCGCCACCACUGCCACGCACAACAGAAACUAUAUAUGAAAGCAUGUAUGACCCUAAUAAAUUGAAGGAAUUGAUAAAAAGUGCUAGAUUUGCCAGGUGUCGUUCAAGAUUUCCACUGCCAGUAAUAUUGUAUAAAGGUAGACAUGUAUGCAGAUCAGCUACUUUGUCUGGUGGACCAGAAAUUUAUGGUAGAUCUGGACUAGAUUAUUUAUUUGCUGGUAGUGAAGGUAUAGUUUCUAUUCAACAACAAGUAGAUGAAGCUCGUGGGGGUGAUUCUGUACUUAGUGACUGGCAAUUAUUUGAUAAAGUUAGGCAUCAAGACAUCAAGCUUUUGAAAACACUUAACGUAGGAACUAUAAUUGAUUUUAUGGUUGAGAAGAAGAAGGUCAAGUUUGGAAUGAACGUGACUUCCUCGGAGAAAGUAGACAAAGAGAAGAGGUACUCUGACUUCACCCUAAUUUCACUGCCAUACCCUGGGUGUGAAUUCUUUAGGGAGUUUAGAGAAAAUGACUACUUGGCUAAAGGUUUGGUGUUCGAUUGGUCUCAGACUCACGUAGAUGCACAAAUUGGCGUGCCAGAUGAUUUAAUUUCUACACAAUUACGAAUCAGUUGGGAUCAGUAUCAAGUCUGGGAUCUAGUCAAGUUAACUCAAAAUUAUUUAAAACUGAUAUUAAGAUAUCUCAGUGAUAGUAGUAGUGGGAUAUUGAUACAUUGCAUCUCAGGUUGGGAUCGCACACCUUUAUUUAUUUCAUUAUUGAGGAUCAGUUUGUGGGCUGAUGGUGCAAUUCAUACGUCGCUAAACGCGUAUCAAAUUCUUUAUUAUACCAUAGCGUACGACUGGAUGCUCUUUGGCCAUGAUUUAGAAGAUCGACUGAGCAAAGGAGAGGAGAUAUUUUUCUUUUGCUUCUAUUUUCUAAAGCAUAUUCAUGACGAAGAGUUUAGCAUUCAUCCGCGUCACAGCAGAUCUAGACACACAGUUCUACGCAACGACAGUGACUCGCAGUUAGAUAACGUUAUGUUCGAUAGUGAAUCGGUAGUGACACUGAGCUCAGUCAGUUCGAACCUAAGUCUGAAUAGUUGGUGUAGUUCUGUUAGUCAAAAUAGCAGAGAUAGUCAAGAUAACAAUCCACCAACGGUGUUUCACUGUGCUUCCACAGAAACUCAAGAUGACUGUCAUAGCAAUGGGAACGUUGUACCAUGGUCAUUUUAUCCUUCUCCAAACAAAGAAGGCAUUGCUCAUGGGUCACGGUCACCCUUGCCCCCCAAUAGAACUUCGCCCGUCGCUGUUCCUGUACCUGGACGUCUUCGACAACGAAACGAAUCCUCGUCGUCUGGUGGUUCUUGGCAAAUGAUAUCUGGAACUGGAAGUUUACGUGGUUCCACGACUGCCAACGCUCCACUCACUGAUGGACUGACAUCGUCUGGUUUAGUUUGCAAACCUCUUUGUGAGACUUGCACGGGACACGCGUCUCAAGAAUCGAGCACCACGAUUAUCGAGGAUGAAGCGUGUGCGUCGUUAGCACAAUCCCGAAGAGAAAAGUUACAGUGUUUAAGAAGAAUAUUUUAUAACGCUUAUAGUCAUACAGUUGGAUUUCGUAUGAAAGACAAUUCCGAAUCGAGCGGUUUCGGUCAACUACUCGGCAACUUCGCCGAGAAAGUAGGAAUCCUUUCUGUUCAACGCACAUCCUUGUGACUAUAACGUCAUUUUACUU